AUGACAUCUUUGCAGUUGCUAACAGAACCCUCAUCUCUAUGCUCUUCCAACUUCAUCCCUUUCAAUCCCCUAUACAAAACCCUAAUUAAGCCAACAACAAAACCCUACCCAAAACCAUCACCCAUUCGAUCCGUCCUUCAAUACAACCGCAAGCCGGAGCUCGCCGGCGAUACGCCAAGAGUCGUCGUCAUCACAUCUGGCAAAGGUGGAGUCGGGAAAACCACGACCACCGCCAAUGUUGGUCUUUCCCUCGCCCGAUUGGGCUUCUCCGUCGUCGCAAUCGACGCCGACGUCGGCCUCCGCAACCUUGACCUCCUUCUCGGCCUUGAAAACCGCGUCAAUUACACCGUUGUAGAAGUUCUCAAUGGCGAUUGUCGCCUCGACCAAGCUUUAGUUCGCGAUAAGCGCUGGUCAAACUUCGAAUUACUUUGUAUCUCAAAACCUAGGUCAAAAUUGCCACUAGGGUUUGGUGGAAAAGCCCUAGUUUGGCUUGUUGACGCAUUAAAAGACCGGCAAGAAGGUUGCCCGGACUUUAUACUCAUAGAUUGCCCCGCAGGUAUCGAUGCUGGAUUCAUAACGGCGAUUACUCCUGCUAACGAAGCUGUCCUGGUUACAACGCCGGACAUUACCGCACUAAGAGAUGCCGACAGAGUCACUGGUCUUCUGGAAUGCGACGGAAUUAGGGAUAUCAAGAUGAUUGUGAACAGGGUUCGGACUGAUUUAAUAAGGGGAGAAGAUAUGAUGUCAGUUCUUGAUGUUCAAGAGAUGUUGGGAUUAUCAUUGCUCGGAGUGAUUCCAGAGGAUUCAGAAGUAAUUCGGAGUACAAACAGAGGGUUUCCACUCGUUCUAAAUAAGCCUCCAACUUUAGCAGGAUUGGCAUUUGAACAAGCGGCUUGGAGGUUAGUUGAGCAAGAUAGCAUGAAGGCUGUAAUGGUGGAAGAGGAACCCAAAAAGAGGGGAUUUUUCUCCUUUUUUGGAGGAUAG